GAAGGUUUCAUUGGGGGGAGUAACUUACCACACAAAUGGGAAACGAGAAAAACCAGUAGACCUUUGUACUUACAUUGUUUUGAGGUUGUAGUGAACCCUCCUUUCGUUUUCCUAUUCGAUCGAUUGCGAUAACGAGAAGGUGACGCGGGCGAAUUGCCCUAUGUCUUCCAUUAGGCUAUAUUCGCUGUAUCUUACGCCGUGGUGAUUGAUCCCAUCCGUGUAUUAUCCAUCGAAUGAUGUAAGUCACUCCAUGAAUACUUGGGGUGACUCCUCUUACGUUGAGUUUCAUAGUGCACCUACGUGUGGGGGGUUCCUUCGAGCCUAAGUUUGACGAAGAUGAUAUUCCUUCGGAAAAAAAAAAUGGACUAAACGGCUGUUUUAUCGGUAGUUUUCGUCGCAUGUGAAUCAUUCCCUCCUCUUCCUCCUCCUCCUUUUUUUAUUAUCGUUGCUGCCUGUAACAUCGAACCGUUAAUUAGAGGUGAGAGGGUGUGCAUAUUGUGGUGGGCAUCCAUUUGAGAGAUUGCGCAAAAUGAUCAAUGAAGAGGUUUACCUGUUCUGCCCUCAACUUCGACUCAUUCCCUACCUUCCGCAUCAUGUUCCGCGCUAUAACGAGUGGAUGUCCGACCCCGCGCUGCUCGCCGCGACGGAAAGCGAGCCGUUGAGUUUGCAAGAGGAGUACGAGAAUCAGCACUCGUGGCUGCGGUCUAUGGAGAAGCUCACAUUUAUUUUAGCUACGCCCCUUUCUGGAUGGAACGAUCCCACACGCGAGCCCUCCGAUUCCGAUGGGUUCGAUCGAACCCAUCCGGCCUUGAGGGAUCAGCAAGGGCCAUUCAACGAUGCCGAUGAAACCGUUCAACCACUCCUCGUCCGUCGGGAAGGGCCGUGGGUUUGCAGCCCUCGAAACCCGCGCCCCUUUGCGUGGAAGGCCAUUCGUGCGUGGUUUCCCCUCAUCGCGGAAGACGACGAGGUCUCGUUCGAGCCGGUUUCCGCGGACGAUCCCGCCCGGAUCCCGCGUCCCCCCUUGGCGGGUUCAAAGCCCCUUCCCGCGCGCUUCAUUCCCACCCGCCCGAAGAAUCUCUUCACCGGCGAGGCCCUCCCAUCGGGCCGCCUGGAGGGCUUUGGAAAUCCCAGCGUUGGGAAGCCCUCUUUUGUGAUGAUUGGGGAUUGCAACUUAUUCGUGCUUCCGGAGGAGGUGGAGGACGGCGAAGGCGAGGGAAGGCCGUCCCCCUCGCGGCCGAGCGAUCGGCGAACGUUUGAGGUCGAGGUGAUGAUUGCGUAUCCGCCGUAUCGUCAUCACGGGCUCGCCGAGCGCGCGCUGCGGAUGCUGAUGCAAUAUGCCACCGCCGCCCUUGGCGGGACCGACUUCGUGGCGAAGAUUUUAGACACCAACACCGCGAGCCUUCACCUGUUCGCGCGCAAACUGGGCUUUCGGGAGUUCAAACGUGUAGCGGUCUUUCACGAGAUUCACUACACCCGUUCGAUCUAUACCGCGGCGGAAAAACAAAUCUGGGCGGCGGAGUGUGCGGCUGCGGGGUGUGGGGAUUGUGGGUGUGCGGCGUAUACGGCGGAUGUGGAGCAAAAUAUGGUGCUCCUCGCCCGGAAUCCUUCUCGUUGUUAA